CAGCAAGGCGGGGCUAGAGUGGGUGGGAAGAAGGGGACUACAGGGAAGGAUUCGAAUUCUGGACAAGUUAAAUCGCGGAUCGAGAGGUAGCAGCUGCCAAGUAGUUUGCUUUCUUACUUCCCCAAACUCUCAAGAGGAAAUCCUCUGUUGAACUCAGACAUUAAAAUUCUGACCACUGUAGCCAACUUGGACCAUAACCAAAUGAACGGGAGCAUCUGUGGUCUUGGCAGGUUUAGAAACAUAUAGGUUAUAUAUGAGGAUAAUUCACUAAAAUACCAAGCUAUGAAGAAAAACUCCAAGAGAAACCAUGCUUCAAGAGUUUCUGACAUAGAAUCGAACUCUGUGGAUGCUGAAAAGGAAAAAAAAGAGUGUCAAAAUAAUUUUGUUGAACUGCUGCCUCCAGAAGUUACUUUUAAAAUUUUCAGUCAGCUAGACAUCCGGAGCUUGUGCAGGGCUUCAGUGACAUGCAGGAGCUGGAAUCAUGCAAUAAGACACAGCGACUCCUUGUGGAAACCUCACUGCCUGACUGUAAGAGCCGUAUGUCAAAGAGAGAUAGAUGACGAUCUGGAGAGUGGCUACCCCUGGAGGAUCAUACUACUGAGGAAUUACCAGAAGAGUAAAGUGAAACAUGAAUGGCUAAGUGGCAGAUACAGCAACAUAUGUUCUCCUAUCAGCCUACCAGAAAAAAUCAUGUACCCAAUGGAUGCAGACACGUGGGGGGAAAUUCUAGAAGCAGAACUGGAAAGAUAAGCAGAAAACUCUCCUAACUUUGAGAGUUUAAAACUAAAAUGACUCUUAGAUUAUAAAAAGUAUGUCUCUAACCGUCCAUUUUUUUGUUUGCCUUUUUACUAUUUAACAUUUAAAAGAAAACUAAAUAGAAAAUAUAAAAAAUAAAACUCUUUUUAUUUUGCACUUUAGGUAAAAUAAUGUUUUACCUAAAUGUUUCUGGUUUUACUGUAAUGUGGAAAAAUCAUGAAAUGGUAUUUAUAUAAAAGUACUAUACUGAUAGGGUGAUUUCAGAAUGUAUUAUUUCAUGUAUUUGUGUUGGUCUGUUGCAGUACUUCAGUAUUUUAAUGAUUAGAGAGUUUUAUUAGUGUUCUCUGCUUAAUGAUAAUUUGAAAAUUCAAGAAACUAUGUGAAGGAACUGACUUAUUAGAGAUUUAUUAAUUAAUAGACAUAGGCUCAUGGGAAAAAAAUCCCUAAAUGAAAUUAAUAGCAAUAUGUUUAAAUGUAUAAUAAAUGUAUAUUUUAAUAACAUAAAAUUUUCCAUUUCAGUGGAAUCAGAUUGAAUUGUCAAACACUGAAAACAUUUUGGUUUAAUUUUAAAUGAGUCCAACCAGAGAACUAAAAUUUGUGAGAUUAAGUUCCCCACUACUUGCCUACAAACCUCGAAUUACUCUCAGGGGCUGAAAUGUAUGGAAAGUGCCAUCCGAAACUCCAUACUGUUUUUCUUGGUAAAACUUAUCUUCUUUCUGACAUCUUGUAGCACCAUCUAGUGUACUCCUUGUAGAUAACCAAGAAAAAGGACCAGCUUCUUUUUGUUUUUCCACAUUUGAAAGAAAGGAAAAUAUUAUUUACAAAAAAACCUAUAUACUUGAAUUUGUUAGAGUUGAUAGUUUUAUAGGAACCUUCAACUUUUGUUCUCUUUUACUUAAAAGUAGAUGAUAUAUUAUUCGCAGUACCACAUUGAUCCGUCUGAAACUGUGAUCAGCACCAUAAGUAACGUGACUACAAAAUAUUUUAGUUAGUAUGGGAUUUUCUUCUUAAAUUAUGCUCUAUCACAUGAAAAGUAAGAGUCCAGGAACUCAAUUUAACAAGUCAAAAAGUAUGAGGAAUAUGUCCCGCUCUAUACAGAUUCCCUUUGUUGAAUCAAGUAAACGAUGACUGGUUCAGUUCAGUUCCUUGCAGUUCAGUUGCUCAGUCGUGUCCGACUCUUAGUGACCCCAUGGACUGCAGCAUGCCAGGGUUAUCUCCUACUGUUUUCUUGGGGUUUGAAGGGACCUUGAAGAUCAGGCAGUCCAGUCUCUAGGAUUAUUCAGUAAUCCCCCCUAUAGGAAUGUUCUUCUUUUUACUCACCAUUAAUUCUCUUCUUCGUAAAUUCUUUUGUAUAGUGUAUCAUCCUAACCUGGAAACCAUUCCAAAUAUCUACCAUUCUGCAUUAAGUGACCCUUUAAGGUUCCGUAGUUCUUUGUACAUACCAUUCUCAAAGCUGUCAUACUACAUUAAAUUGUCUGUUUGAUUUGUAUAUCUCCCCUGUUAGAUUGUGAGCCUCUUAAUGGCAGGGACCAUUUAUUUAUUUUUGUAUUCCCAAACCUGGAACAUAGUAGAUAUAUCAUAGAGUUGUUAAAUUAUUUUUAUAUUAUUUAUUUUAAUCCUACCCAGAAGGUAAAAUAAAAAUAAUUCAACAUAUUUUAGUAGAUAAUAUUGUAUUGAAAUGCAAUGUACAAACCCAUAAGAUAUAUGGGAUGCUUAAUGCUAAUAUAUGAAGAAUUAUCUUGUUCUCUUAAAAGCUGUAAGAGAAAAAUAGGAAAGAAGAAAUAUUUUUUGAAUAAACACUUGAAAAU